AGCUUGAGAACUGGGGGCUCACUCCAGAGAUGAUCGCUGACCAGGAGUGGCGAGCAACAGCCAUGAGAGGGCAGUGGAACGACGAUUGGCCUUGGUCUGGGAGGGCCUUCUUCGACCACUUUGAGGACGAGCCACUGGGGGGAGCUCACAGUGGUGUUUUCGGGGACGUAGAUUCGGAUUACAAGGGAGAGCAGAGUGAGUGGACUGGGGACACGACGUGCGAGAACGGAGACAUACACUUACGGAUGCCACCGAUAUGAGAGGGACAUGAAGCUUUUUUUUCGACUGGUUUUCCUCCUGCGACGACACGUUUUCCUCGUGGUGGUGAGAUUGUGGAUAUAAAGGACGGUUAACUGGAGUAGGCCCGGAAGAGCGGAUAGGCAGAGAUGGCGAGCCUCCGAUCGCUUGUUCUUUUCGUUUCACUGGUAGUGGCAUUUGGUCUUGCGGCAGCGCACGGUGGUCAUUUGGAUUUCUCGCCGGCCGAUCUUGAGUCGGAAGACCGCAUCACUGCAUUGUUUGAUGCGUGGUGCGAAGAGCACGGGAAGAGGUAUGGCACUGAAGAUGAGAGGCUGCACAGGCGGGAAGUGUUCAAGGAGAAGCUGUUCCAGAUCCAGGCUCACAACAGCCAGCAGCAUUCUUACCAGCUCGGUCUCAAUCAGUUCUCGGACCAGAGCCAGGAAGAAAUGGAAGCUCGGCUCCCUCGUGUUGACGUCAAAGAUCUGAUGAAGAAGUGGGGCUCCGUCAAGAAGGAGGAGGCCUCCAGCGUGGCUGCACCAGCGUCCAUUGACUGGAGGCGAAAGGGAGCUGUUGUUGCUCGCGUGAAGGACAUUGGCAGCAGCUGCAGAGGAGCUAGCUGGACGUAUGCAGCAACUGGAGCCGUGGAGGGGAGGCUCGCAAUCGACGGCAAUAGGCUGCAGGACCUUUCCGCUCAGCAGCUCCUGGAUUGUGUUGACGAGGCAAACAAAUGCACCACUCUCGAUCCCGUUUUCGCUCUGGAUUACGUUGAGGAGAAUGGCUUGACGACUGAAAAACUUUAUCCAUACACUGGGACAAUUGGACAAUGCAAACCACUCCCAUCUUCUUUGGUUACCAUUUCUGGCGUGGAGAGGAUCUACUCGUCAAGUGACGAUACAGAACUGCUUAAUGCUGUUGCAAAGCAGCCUGUCGCGGUGAUAGUCGACGGAACAACGCCGCAGUUCAUCAAUUACCGCAGCGGAAUCUACACUGGACCUUUCGCGGACGCGGUCACCACUACAUCACUCCUCGUUGUUGGAUAUGAUACUCUCAACGGUGUUCCCUACUGGAUCGCGAAAAACUCGUGGGGCUAUGGCUGGGGCGAAGGCGGAUACAUCCGUAUCAAGAGACAGGGAGGAGAACCAUAUGGUAUUCUCAACAUCAAUGCGUUCCCAUCCUAUCCGACUGGAGCAGCUCCAGGGAGCAAGCCACCUCCUUGCGGUGGCAGCCAGAGUUGUCCCUCGGGAAUGACUUGCUGCUGCAUAGAACCGGCUAUCGGAUCCAAGUGCUUGCAGUACAUGUGUUGUCCGAGCAAGUACUCGGAUUGCCAGGGCGGCUGCUGCAAACAGAAGAAAAGCUUCUCUGUUGAUGAAAUGGUGUUCACAACUAAGAACCAAACGAGCUCCUAUUGAGUUUUCUCGCCACGGUGGUGGUUGUUGCUGGUACUUCGCUUUCAUCCCGGUUCUGGGCUUUUUUUUUGACAAUGUGAUGGUCUUUCACGCCUCUAGUUCUUCCAGGAUAGUUUUUCUAAAAGAUCGCCAUCGUUCUUGUCA